AUGACUACAAAAGAACUUUACACUAAGGGUGCCCGUGUGUGGGUGGAGCACCCCGUGAAGGUAUGGGAAGGUGCGACCGUCACCAGCGACUACCGUUCGGGGGUGGUCAUAGUUCAAAUUGACGACUCCAACGAAAUUCGGCAGAUUAAGAUUCCAGAUGAAUCUCGCAUGCCGCCACUUCGCAAUCCAUCGCUUCUGAUUGGUCAGAAUGAUCUGACUUCCCUGUCGUAUCUGCACGAGCCAGCGGUGCUGCAUAAUUUGAAAGUUCGAUUCUGUGACCGCAAUGCAAUAUAUACGUACUGUGGCAUCGUCCUUGUUGCUAUCAAUCCAUACUAUGAUCUACCAAUAUACGGCGAUGAAACAAUCAUGGCGUACCGCGGCCAGUCCAUGGGCGAUUUGGAUCCACAUAUAUUCGCAGUUUCCGAAGAGGCCUAUACUAAGCUGGAGAGGGAGCGGCGAGAUCAAAGUAUCAUUGUGAGCGGCGAAUCUGGUGCCGGUAAAACAGUAUCAGCUAAAUACGCAAUGCGUUACUUCGCGGCUGUGGGCGGCAACGCCAGCGAAACACAAGUUGAAAGGAAGGUGCUGGCUUCCAGUCCUAUAAUGGAGGCUAUAGGAAAUGCGAAAACCACUAGAAAUGAUAAUUCUUCACGUUUCGGGAAGUUCAUUGAGAUCCACUUCGAUAGCCAAUAUCGGAUAACUGGGGCAAGUAUGAGGACUUAUCUGCUGGAGAAGAGUCGUGUCGUGUACCAGAGUGCUGGGGAGAGAAAUUACCACAUUUUUUACCAACUUUGUGCGGCGGCUGCGCUGGACAAAAUGCCGGAGUUACAAUUGGACCAUCAAGACUCAUUUCAUUACUUGAACCAAGGAGGAAGUCCUGAAAUCAAUGGAGUUGACGAUUAUAAAACAUUUAAGGAGACGAUAAAUGCUCUGACUACUUUAGGUGUGACAGAGUCGGAACAAAAAAACAUGUUCACGGUGCUGGCGGCCAUUUUGCAUUUGGGGAACGUGGGUUUGACUUCUAACCCAGAAACAACACAGGACAAUCAAGAUGGAGCGUAUAUACAUUCAAACGAUAAACACCUGUCGAUAGUGUGUUCCUUACUCGGGGUGUCGAAGCCCAAACUUUCUCGUUGGCUCACCCACCGUCGCAUUGCGUCCGCGCACGAGGUGAUCGAGUCGCAAAUGGACGUGCAAAGGGCGGUGUUCGCGAAGGAUGCGCUCGCCAAACGAAUGUACGGUGAAUUGUUCUCUUGGCUCGUGCAGGCUGUUAAUAAGGCGCUGGAUACUGGAAAUGCUAAAAAACACUUAAUUGGUGUCCUGGAUAUUUAUGGCUUUGAAACAUUUGAGAUUAAUUCCUUCGAACAGUUUUGUAUUAAUUACGCGAAUGAGAAGUUGCAACAGCAGUUUAAUUCCCACGUUUUCAAGUUAGAGCAGGACGAAUAUAUUAAGGAAGAAAUUUCAUGGAAAAUGAUAGAUUUCUACGAUAAUCAGCCCUGUAUCGACCUGAUUGAGGACCGUUUAGGAGUUCUAGCGCUUUUGGAUGAAGAGUGUCGAGUGCCUCAGGGUUCAGAUAUGGGCUUCGUCAGUAAAUUACACGACAAAUGUACGAAGUACCCGCAUUUUUUGAAACCGAGAUUUGGUGCCGCUGCGUUCAUAAUAAAACACUUCGCUGAUAACGUAGAGUACCAAUGCGGUGGGUUCCUAGAGAAGAAUAGGGACACAGUAUUAGAGGAACAGUUGGAAUGUAUAAAAUCAGCGACCAAUUGUCGUCUGAUCAGGACGAUUUUCGCAGAGAAGCAAACGGACCAUUCUGCGACGUUGCCUCCGCCAUCUAGAAGACGCACUAUGCCUUCUUUGCCUAUGGGUAGUCUAACUCAACCACCUCGCCGUGCCUCCAGUCAAAAGCAAACAGUAGGUGCCCAGUUUAGGCUGUCCUUGUCGGCGCUGAUGGCAACAUUAUCGGCCACAACCCCCCAUUACGUUCGCUGUAUUAAACCGAAUGACACCAAACAGGCCUUCCAAUUCGACGCCGCGAGAGCUGUCAAUCAGUUACGAGCUUGCGGUGUUUUGGAAACUAUACGUAUAUCGGCGGCUGGUUUUCCAUCAAGAUGGCUGUAUCAAGAUUUCUUCUACAGAUAUCGCUUCCUUUGCCACUUGAAAGAGAUAGAUAGAUCGGAUAUAAAAAACACCUGUUCCCGAAUCUUACAGAGAUACGUUAAAGAGCUGGACAAAUACCAGUUCGGUGCUACUAAGAUAUUCUUUAGGGCUGGGCAGGUGGCAUAUCUAGAAAAAGUACGUGCGGACCUCCAACGGGCGUACUGUGUUCGCGUGCAAUCUUGCGUACGCGGUUUCUUGGCUCGUAGGAGAUAUAUGCGGGUCAUGAAAGCCAUCAGGGGCAUACAGGCACAUGCUAGAGGGCAUAUCGCUAGAACUAAAGCCCAAGAGAUUCGUCGUACGCGAGCUGCAAUCAAAAUCCAGAAGCAUAUUCGCGGUUGGCUUUUAAGGAAACGCUAUGUUAAAUUAAGAAAACUUGCGAUUGGACUCCAAGCCCGCAUCAGAGGAUAUCUUGCGAGAAGGAAUUACAAGGAGAAGAGGUUCUUACAAGCGACUCUCACAAUACAACGCUACGCGCGUGGGUACUUGGCUCGUAAGAGAGCCCGUCAUAUAAAGAGACACAUCGUCUUGGCUCAGGCUGCUAUCCGCCGAUUCCUAGCCCGUAGACAAUUUAAGCGUCUACGCAUUGAAGCAAGAUCUAUAGAUCACGUGAAGACGCUGAACAAAGGGUUGGAGAAUAAGAUUAUUUCGCUGCAGCAGAAGUUGGAACAUUAUCAGAAUAAAUCAAAAGUGAUUGAGCCGUUGCAGGCUACAAUUGUGGAGUUAAGGUCCAAAUUGGAUAAUUUAAAAACAAUAGAAAUCGAGUCAAAAGCUCUAAAAGUCGACAUUCAAGAUAAGGACAACUUCUUGACAUUCCUGAGAGAAGAGCUGGCAAAAGAGAAGGACAGCAACAAGAAACUAGCGGAGGAGAAGAGGCAGAUCGAGUUGCGGUAUAAGAGGGAGAAGGAAGAGAUGGAGAUGGAGAGCGAGAAGCUGGCGAAUGAGUUACGAAGCUCCAAGGAACAUUUCGAAAUGCUUGUUGAGGAACGAGACAAGAGGCAUGAAGCGGAGAAGAAGGCGCUUUGUCUGGAGUUGGAGAAUGAGAGGCAGAGUCGGCAGAAGUUGCUCUCCUCCCAACAUGAUCUACAGGAGAAGAUAGACUCUAUGCAGCGAGUACCCUCAAAGGAGCAUAGACGAUCCUUGUCCGAUGCUAGUACUAAUUCACAGCAGGAGACGACCGUUGAAGAUGACUUUGGUUAUGGAUCAGUUCGUUCAGUGGAAACCACCAGACCUGCUUUGGAAGCUGUCAAUUGGUCAGCUGGGUCGCAUAACGGGCCGUCACCGAUUGCAGAUGCAGGGCUUGUACUACGGAUGCAAAACCGAAUUUCUAUCUUGCAAAGUGAAUAUUCAAGGACUGCGAAGCGAGCUGGUGAUUUAGAAGACAGACUGAUGAGUCGACUCAUGCUCCCACCAUCGAAUCCAAAUAGCGAUAGAUUCAAAGUGGAAGAGCUGGAAAUUGAGAACAAGAAACUUCGAGAGCAAAUAGACAGACUCCGAGCUGCUGGAGAUAGUACUCUGCUCUCCAAGGAAAUUAUAGGACAAAUAGACGCGAUGCAACAAGAAUUAGAUAGACGCCGCGACGAAUGUGUUCAACUGAAGAGCGUGUUAACGCAUCAGACUGGCAAUCUGAAGUCGCUAGCAUCGAACUAUGGGUCGGACGUCGACAUCAUCAAUGAAGAUGGAGAACUGGCCUCCGCAUAUGAAGCCCAAAAGGGAAUUAAUAGGUAUUCAAAAUUAUUAAAGCCAGAACAGUGGCAAUUACAAGAAGAGCUAACAGCCGAAAAGCAGUUCUACGCCGAACACAUCUCCUGUGCACAGAUGGAGAUAGAGAGACUGCGAGACGUGAAUGAGACGUAUCAGAAAUUAUUGAGCACAGAUCUGAGCAUAGAGCCAAUGAAUAGGAACCAAGAAUUUGCGCAGAAUGAAAUUAUUCGUCUCGCUGCAGAUAGUUUAGCCACACAGGAUCGUGUCGACAAGCUAUCGGAGAGAUGUCGCCGUUAUAAAAUUCAAAUUCGUAUGCUGGUCAACAAGUUGAAGGAGGCUGGUGUUGAAGAUGUUCAGGAGAUUUUAGAAGGAAAUGAUACCAUAAUAUCACAGAACAUAACACUCCCGUUGGAGAUGGCUACUGUGACCAGAAAGAAAGAGAGGGAGUACCUCGGAAUGUUCGAAUAUAAAUUGCAAGACGAACACACGAUCAUCAAGAAGCUUAUAAUUGAUCUAAAGACACACGUAGCGACCACACUGCUCCCCGGUCUUCCAGCCUUUAUCCUCUUCAUGAUGCUCCGUCACACUGACCACGUCGACGAUGAGCCCAAGAUGCAUUCUUUGAUGAAGGGAAUCCGAACUGGAGUCAAGAAGACCCUGAAGAAGCGAUCUGAUAAUUCUGAGUACAGCAUUCUUUGGCUCGCUAAUAUGUUGAGACUUCUUAACAACAUGCGCCAAUACAGCGGUGAUGAGACUUAUCAAUCGAGCAAUACGCCAAGACAAAACCAACAGAGUUUACGUAUCUUUGACUUGUCGGAAUAUCGGCAAGUGUUGAGCGAUAUCGCCAUUUGGAUAUAUCAAGGCCUCAUAACCCACAUGCAGACGCAAUAUGAACGCCUUAUCGUGCCAGCAAUACUAGAAUACGAAGAAAUAAGUGGACUGUCUGGCCCCAAAGCUAUUCCUUCGCCUGCCCCGUCAGCGGGCCCUGCUAAGUUGAAGCACGACUUGGCCGCGAUGCAUGAGCAUCUCAAAGUGCAUCAAGUUGACAUGCCGUUACGUGCUAUGAUAUUUAAACAGCUAUUCUACUUCAUCUGCGCCUACAGCCUCAAUCAGUUGCUCCUGCGCAAGGACUUGUGCUGCUGGGCUAAAGGGCUGCAAAUUAGGUACAACAUCUCACACAUGGAGACCUGGAUUAAGGAGAACCUAGCUGAAUAUGGACAGAAAUGCGUUGAGAACACUUUAUCCGUCCUGAAACCGAUAACACAGGCGGUUCAACUGCUGCAAGCGAGAAAGUCAAUGGCCGAUGUCGCAAGUACUGUCGAAAUGUGCGCCGAUCUGACGGCUAUACAAGUUUGUAAGAUUCUCAACAUGUACACACCGGCUGAAGAGUACGAGGUGAAAGUGACAAAAGAAUUUAUACUUGAAAUACAAAAGCUGAUGAAGAGUCGCCCUGGUGCAGACUCGGAGUCUAAAAACCUCCUAAUGGAUUCAAAAGUGAUAUUCGCUGUACAAUUUCAAUACAGCCCUUCGUCAAUUCGUCUUGAAGACAUCGAAGUACCCAAAGUACUAGAAUUGGACGGAUUACUCACUAAAAUCUAG